AUACAGACUAACACGGCUACCCCCUGGUACAGGGAAGGAGAAGAAAUGGAACAUACAGGAUCAGUUUAGCACUAGGCUUUCACUGCAGUGGAAUAAAGGCUCCAGUCCCCCAUCGAACCUGGCUGAUUGCCCGUUAACAUGAUUCCAUUAAUCAAGGUGACGCGCUUCUCUUUGGCCCUGAGGACGACAGGCAACGCAGAGGAAUCUCUGAAGUUUCUCUUCGUGUUCCCGGUCACCCGCAAAUUUUCAGCACUAGAAACAAACCACAGGGGAUUUUAUUUCCAUGCCCCACAUGAUUAGUUUCCUACCAUGCAAACAUUAGGGUGGCUCCUUCCGAGAACGUCUGUAUCUACAUAUCCAAGGCGGAGAUGCUGGACACGGCGAACAGCCAGUACAACUCCUUUCUCUAUUGGAGGAUGCCCAUCCCGGAGCUCGACCUGGCGGAGCUGGAGGGGCUGGGGUUGACCGACGCGGCGCUCUACAAAGCCAAGGGAGGUGUGGGCAAGCGGUCCGGGGCCUGGAAACAGCUCAGGCAGGACAUCUCCGAGGAAGAGGACACUCUCCUGCAGUUCAACAGCUUCAAUUUCUGGCGCGCGCCGAUAGCCAGCGUUAGCGCGUUCGAUUUUGAUCUGGUCUGAUGCCAGCGGCCCAGGCACACAGCCGGGUCUUUUUGGUUAGGUCUCUGUGUUGUCCUUUACUUUGAAAGUGGUUGCUGACGAUUCUGAUUAACGAGUUGCCCAGUGAUGACACCUCCAAGGCUCACCGUCCGUGUUUCCCCAUCCACCCACCUUCUCUCUUCUCAAGGGUAUGUCGACACAGUCAAUGCAGGGGUAGGCACACCUGAGCUAGCGUUACUCUAGCUGGCGUGGGUAACCAUCGCAGGGUAGAUGCGGCAGCCGGGCCAUUUGUCCCAUUUUAAGCCGGGCUGUGCUGUUUUUCUGUGGUUGGGCCUCUGUCCAGCACUGGGAUAAAACCAGACAUGGGUUUGUCCAGUAUCAGGCACAGAGGACACCAUGUUGAAGAGUGCGCCCCUCUGCCCCUCCAGUGUGACUGGGGUCAGGGGCAGUGAAGCCUCCCCCAAAGUGGGGGGGCAGGGACCCCUACCCUCUCCGUGGCACCGCCUCUGCCCCUCUUCUUAUCACCGAGACCCCACCCCUGGCCAAGCCAGAAGCGGGGCUGGGGAGCCCAGGCCCCUCCACUUACCUAGGGUACAGGGGGCUUGAGAGCAGCCCCUGACCCUUGUUCCCACCCCCUCCCCAAGCCCUCCACCCAGGGCAGGUGGAAGGUCCGUGGCUCCCCACAGCUCCCCAGGCUCCCGUUGCUGGUCUAGCCAGGGGGCGGGGCCUCGGGGGAAGAGGAGGGGCAGGGACAGGGCCCGUGGCAAAAAGUGGUCCCUGCCCUCCCCCGUUCCAGUGCCCCUGACUGGAGUGCUCUUCAACAUGGCAUCCGUAGGGUCAUGCCAAAGGGGCAGUGUCACACAGCUGAGGUCGGCCCCACGCCAUUCCCAGAAGUACUGAAACGUCUGGUAUUUCUGGGGAUGCAUCAGUGGCCCCCUUAACAUCUGGUGGCCCAGGCUAGCCACCCCAGUACUAGCCUGCCAGAGUCCCGGGGUGCCUAUUUGGGUUGCCAGCCCAUGCCCAUGCCCAUCUCACCCUUUUCUACACUGCUAUUGUUACUCACGCUGGCUAGACCAAAACGACCCGGGGCGUGCCGAGCCGUACUGCAGUCACACCUUCACGUGCCCGUGCGGAGCUCAGAAGUGUUGGAAGCCACAGUCAGUUUGUCUUGGUGUGAGCAGGCAUUGUGCGAUAGCUCUGACCGUACCUGUGCGACAACGUGUUAGAGAACCACCAAGUAGCGGUCGGAUUUGAGCUCAUUCCUAUUGUGUUUUAUUAAGAAACGUGGGUGCCAACAGAAGACCACCUCACCUAUCCAAAUUCUCCUCUUAGCUGAAGUCCGAUUGCAUUGCCCUGGGGAGGCGGACAUCCCUGCUUCUCUAACCCCCCCCCUCCCAUUUUUCCAACCCGUGCUCAGUUCCCCCACCCUUUCCAUUUGGAUAUUCAAGGUUUCUCUGCCGGACAUCGCCAACAGGCCCUUUGUUCUGCUCAAUUCUGAUCAGGCACAAGCAGGAGUGCUGCCAGCUUUUUUGCCGCCCUAGGCGGUGGAAGGUCCCGCCCCCGAAAUGCGGACGACGACCAGGGCGGCCGAAGAUCCGGCCACCGCGGUUGCCGCCCCCUAAAUGUUAGUGCCCUAGGCGACCGCCUAGGUCGCCUAAUGGGUUGCGCCGGCCCUGGGCGCAAGGCUCAUUUCUGAAAAGAAUCCCAGCUUGUCUGCCUUGUGUGUCCAAAACCGCAGAGCAAAGAGAAAACCAGCAGUGUGACAAUUUUGCUAGGAACGUAGCUACAUUUUCAUUAGGAUGUAGAGAAAUGUCUGGGCCAGAGCCUCAGGAGGUAUUGAUGGAGCCGGUUUCCACCAGCCGUAGAUUUGGCUGCCUGACCCACUAAAACCAAAUACAGCCACCACAUCAGUUUUGCCUUAAAGACUUGGGGUUAAAUAUUGCUCGGGCUCCCAUCCCCUGAGAUUACUGCCACACUGAACAUGGGUCGCAUGUGGGCUCUGAGGACCCGAUUCGGAUUGCCUCGUAGUGCCUCACGCCAUGAGCCGGGCAUUGGCCGUCUAAAGCCAGGGAGCAACACGUUACUCCGCAUGGGUGCGGCCAUCGGAGCCGGACCCUUACGGCCGACUCUUGCUGCCCGUAUCACAGGAGGGCCACCCUGCGAACCCUCUCGCUGGUGAUCAUCCGAUUCCCCCCCACUGAAAUAUUUUGGGGAGACGUCUGAGUAGCCACUCGCCAGUGGGAUGAAGACCUUGGCAGCCUGCUUACUGAGUCGUAAGUGGCUCUGUAUGUUACUCUAGUCGGGGCGGCUUUGAGCAGUAAGGCUCAGAGCCACAAGAAUCAUAGGACUGGAAGGGACCUAGAGAGGUCAUCUAGCCCAGUCCCCUGCUCUCAUGGAGUUUUCGGAUACUCAUGGAGUAGCAAGAGGAUUAGGCGUUGUGCUUUACCCACACUGGCUUCACGGGCGGCUGUGGGGUCCGUCGGCCCCGCCUUGCUACACCUGGCUGGCAUCAGGCUUGGAGCGAGGGGAGAGCCCAGCUCAGAUGAAGGCUGAUUGGGGAGGAGAGCGGCCGAGCCUUCCAGAGCCUCCCUAGGGAAAGGCAGGAGAGUUGUGGGACCAUGUUGGGAUCUAUGUCAGCCGUGAAUGACCUGCCCCUGCCCCUGCGUUAGUUUGCUGCAAGUGGUGCCCUGCCUGAAGGGGGCGACUGCUUGGGAAUCGACCUUUGGUUUCCUUACACCCGACUGCUAGUGCUGACUUGUCCGGAGCCUAGAAACAACCUGACCGCAGCUGCCUAGCGCUUAUUGAUUUCAAUGGGGGUUAGGCACCUAAAUGCCUAUGAGGAUCUGGGCCUUAGGGGCUACUUAGAGUGAGCAGCCCUCAGGUGAAGGGGUUAAAAAAAAAGUUUUUCCUCCCCCAAGUGCAAAAGAAGUGUCUGCAAACAAGUGGUAGAAAAUCUGGGAGGUUUUUUUUAUGGCCACAUAAAUAAAAAAAAGGCUUGUUGGCUGGAUUGUUCAUACCUGUGCUGACGCCAGGUAUGAGAAAUGUUAGUCCAAAAGGCAACAGGACAAGAGAGAUGGAAAAGGCUGAAGAGGAGGGUUUGUGCUGAAGGGUAGCAUUGCUCCAAUGUACCUGCUGUUUAUGGUACACAGUGCUGCAAGGGAGGCUAGGAACGUCUAUUCUAUAUGGAGAUUAAUUGUAACAAAUCUAUGGCAACGUAGGACUUCACAGAGGUCACCCUGCUGCAUCAGGCGGUUGUUUGGAAUUUCAGAGUGAUAGAACUCAGAGCCACUGCUCCAGGCUUCUACAGUGUGAGCUCAGAGUGAAUUUCCUUUAGCAGCGACCAGUAUAGGGUCUAUGACCCACAGUGGAGCAGUUCUGAUUCCACCCACCAGAGGGCAGGGGUGCAGCUGCAUGCUAGCCGGUUCUUGAUGUUAUGAUGCUAGUCAGGAAAUUCGCAAUGUGCAGCAAUUCAAAGCCUUCCUGGAGCUUGCAGAGUAUGUGACAUGUAGAAGGGAACGAGGCAGCCCGAACUAGUAAACGGCCGGGAAAAAUGUAAAUUCCACAUACAGAGCAUGGCUAUUUCACCUUCCAAAAAUAGCCGGGCUGCUGACUUUAAGAUGCCGAUUUUAAACUGGAGGUGAAGAAUGUAAACUUUCCUUCACAGGCCUGUAUGGUUUUGUGUCCCAAGCCAAGAACCCAUGGAAACCAGGGGCGAAGUACUUAGAAUGAAACUUUAAAUAAAAUUCGUUUUAAAAAAGUACGCAUUCCUGUGGACACUUGAAAUCCAUACAGACUGGAACAAAACGCUCUUUAUAGUUGUUAUGCCUCAGCUGCCUUUAAACCGUUUAAAGUUCUUUUAACUAUAUAAGGUUAACGGACAUGCCAAACAGUGGGUGCGCCUUGUCUGAAACGCCUGCCUUCUUGCCUGGGGGAGUGAAAAAUCAAGAGGCUUCUCAAAUAAAGGGUCUGCUUCUCCUUUACCCUGCACCAGUGCCAACUCAAUGUAAGAGACAGCUGUGCGGGAAGUGCUUUCUGUUUCACGAGAAAUCCUGCCAUUUUGAAGUUUUUCCUCCAUUCCAGAACAAAACAAUUCAAUUCAAAAAUUUCCCGUGAAACAAAAUUUGGAGGGUGGCGGGGGGGGAGGGGGGACUAUUUGGGGUCGAUCACAAUGUUUCACUCGGAUUUCAGCUUUUUCAAAAUGUUAUAGUCUGUGGUCUAAAGUCAAACGAUUGGACAAUCAUUUUGAAAUGGAACCUCGGGACGUUCGGCUCCAGAAGGAGUGAAAUGGAACAUUCCGCCCUUAGCGGAAUGCGCCAUUAUGAUUUUGUUUCUGAAAUGAAAUGGUCAAAAUUGACACGUUCCCGACAAACAUUUUGAUUUGGAUGAAACUGCAUCUUCCGAAGGAAAAACAUUCCGCUGGGAAGCUUCCCAGCAGCUCUAGUGACAGACACUGCCAUUCUGAGCACUUGAUAUCCACUUGGCAUUGGGGUAAGUGCUAUACAAAGGUGCAGGGUACCAGGGAAUUGGGCCCAAAGUCUCCAAGACCGACAUGCUUAAUGUUCAGUGUGCCUUACAAAGAAAGCAGGUAAUGAAUGGGAGAAAGCUACUAAAUUAAAAUGAAACGAAAACCACUGUAUUCUCCAUCCAUCCUUCACUGCUGGUUUGGUGUCAGUGCUGAUAUAAAAGGCCUCGGAAUGGAUUACAGAGACCUGCCUUCAUCUUGGUUUCUGUGUGAAUUCUGAGGCUAUGUCUUCACCCUUCAUGAGAUCUUUCUAUGUCCUGAAUUUAGAACUGGGAUGCUUCCAGGGACUAUAUAUUCCUCAGAUCUCACAGAGAAACAAAGGUGUCCUGAUCAAGCCAAUAUGGUCAAGGGGAGGGUGUGCGUGUUUGGUCAAUAGGUACUGGGGAUCUAUGGUUCACGCACACAACCUAAUGGACCGCAGCAAAUGCUGAGAACUAGAAAUCUCAAUAUCUGGGUGGGUUAAGUAUCAUACGGUGUAUGCAGAAUGUAAGGCUACUGUACUUUGUCCUAGAGCAUGCACAGCUGUAUAAGUGUCCAGUAGUCCUCUUACAUACAGAAAUCUGCAGAGUAUAGACACCAAUCCUGUGUAUGGCUCUCUUGUACAUUGCAAGUGGCUUCUGAGUACGUUGUGUUAGUGAGGAGUCCUUGUUUUACCUCCCCUUUUAUAAGGACAGAUGCCUUGUUUGCCUUCACAAAUUGUUCAGUCUUCCACUGGCCCAGCUGUCUAGCACUUCCACUGCCGCUUUGUGUUCUCCAGGCCGGACUGAGCGAAGCCGAUGCCAGAGGUGUUUUCCAAAAUCUUCAAGUGUAAUGGUCCCAAACUCUAACCGAUGGCUUCACCUGGCAGUCUGUCACCGUGCUGCCUCCGAACAAACGUUAAGAAAGUAUUUCGCCCCAGAAUGACGCUAAAUCUUCUCUGCGUGAAUAUUACGCCAUGAUUCGUAUUCUUUGAACUAAAAUGUUUAUUGUGGCAACAGAUUCACCAAACUGUCACGCCGCUGCUUUUACGGUCUAUUGCUUUUGCCGGGCAUUUAGAAGUCUGGCACUUUCGCUACGAUUUCAGCUGCCUCACCACUUUGUGCUCCAUAAUAUCAUCUUUUAGCUCUCUUGCCAUUUCAUAAUAAUAAAAGAGUAUGAAACUAA